CAACAAGACUUGACAGAUGUAGCUAGCUAGCUUUUAUACCAUAGAAGAAAGAGAAGCAGAAACGAGCUAUCAUGGCUGCUUCCGUGGUUAGGUGGUUGAGGGGAUUGUACGUUUUCUUUUUGACAUGUCAGCUAUCCGUCUUGGCUUUCUUGAAUCUAGAGGAAUUAAACGAAGUGAAAUAUGGGAUCCAGAUUCUUCCCGAUCCUGUCAUUAUGGGGCAGGCUAAGACAGAAGAAGUCAUGCUGGUGUCCAGCAAAUACAAGCAGAUGUAUGAAUGUCGCCUUCCAGCCCAGGCAGUGAGGUUUCACCAGGACCGAGCCUCUGAGCCUGACUCCCAAGGCUACACCGGACCAGGCAUCCCAGACCUGCUCAAGCCCAUGCACACUGCCCCCUGCCUAGUGAAGACAAAAGACUGGUGGACAUAUGAGUUCUGCUAUGGACAACACAUUAGACAGUACCACCUUGAGGACACAGACAUCAAAGGGGAUGUUCUCUUCCUGGGGUACUAUGAUUCAGAGUUUGACUGGAACAAUGAAACAGCCAAGGCCUCCAAGCAACACAGACUGAAGCGCUACCACAGUCAGAGCUAUGUCAAUGGCUCCAAGUGUGACCUGAACGGGAACCCCAGGGAGACUGAAGUCAGGUUUGUGUGUGAGGAGGGCUCGGGGGACUACGUGGCCCGUGUGGAUGAGCCCCAGUCGUGCCGCUACGUGCUGACGGUCCACACCACCCGCACCUGCCAGCACCCCUUCCUGCGCCCUCCCUACACCGCCAAGCCCCAGGGCAUUGUGUGCCAGCCAGCCCUCAGCACCCAGCAGUACAUGGACUAUGUCAAGGCCCAAGUCUCGGAUACGAAACGUAAAGUGGAGCAGAUCUCAGAGGAGCUGAAGACUCUUGAUGAGAUGUUGGCUGGUGACGAGGGGACAGACGAGGACUCAGCAACGCCAACUGAUGACCCAGAUGUCCUGGGGUCAGACACAAAAGAUGCAGUUCUGACCUCUGAAGAGCCCAAGGAUUCUGAUUUCUGGGAGGGAGUGACAAAGCCAGGGAGUACCACAGCAACUGACACCACUUCAGAGCAUCAGGCUGGAGAGGAUGCCUAUGAUAAUCAGCUCACAGACAAUGAGGUCACAGAGGAUGCUUUUGGAGAUGAACAAUUUAACUUCAAGAUCAUCACUGACCCUGCAGACCUGAUGAAAUUUGUGCAGCAUCUCAAAGAGAGCAACAGAAAGAAAGCAGAAAAUGAAGCCAAACAAGAACGAGAGGAACUCCAAAACGAGAAGGAAAAGGAGAGGGAUGAGGAGGGGGAUGAAGAAGAGCAUCUCUUGCUGCAGGAGUUUGAGGAGGAGAUAGCUGACAUCUCAGUGCCUUCUGCCAACAUUGAGGAAAUGAAAGGGGAAAUGCAAAAGGAGUUUGACAACAUCAUAGACGAGGCUCAGCAAGAACUGGAGACCGAGGGUCUGAAGGGGGAGUUUGACCGCACUCAGGCAACCCAGACCCUGGAGGCUACUCUGGACAAGCUGCUGGACCGCCUGGAGGACAAAGAGGCCAGGGACACAGAGGCAGAGCCCCAGACAGAGGGAGGACAGAGGGCCAACGACCCAGCCAGGGGCAGUCCCAGCCUGGCCCCUCGACAGCCAGACCAAGCGGCUGACGACCUUGUUAAGAUCAGAGUUACUAAGUAUAAGACAGGCAGCAGUUCCGAUGGGGAGGUCAAAGUUCAGGAGAUGGGCGAAGGUGACCCCCAGUGGCAGCACAUUAAGGACGUGGUUAAAGAACAGCUAGAGAAGGCGGGACUGAAGGCCGAAGGUAAAAUUGAGGUGAAGAUUAUAACACGAAGGACAGCUGAGGAGGCUGGGGACCAGUGGUUGACUGAAGAAGAUACCAAGUCCUUCAGAGAGCUGCUCAUCAACCUACUGACAGGGGGAACAGAAGAGGUUUACAAGGAGCAAAAGAGACAGCAGGAGUUGGAAAACAACUACAGAUUUGUAUGGGGAGAUGGACAGGAAGAGGCCCAGUCCACCAGUACUGCACCGGACUCGGACGAUGUGGAGUUAUGAGCUCUGGGGAGACGUUUCCUCGCAUCGUGGGAACCAAGCACCUGUGGAGGCUAUGAGACAAGGAGUGUCCCUCUCCCCUGUCAGAGCUCUGAACUCACUGUCAAGUCUCAGCCUCCCCUGGGGCCUCACUGGUAAAACCAGUGUCCACAGACACACCUGUUUCCACACUCAGAAAUGUGUUGUGUCCGUAUCAGGCACUUAUGUACCUUGCACAAACCAAUCCAAUUGUCUCAGCUGUGGUAGUGUAAUAGUGUCAGGUUUUUUUUCUCUCUAGUGAGAGGCCAAUGUGAUGGCUGAAAAAGCAUUAUUUCAAUGUUGAUUGCUAUCAGUUGGAAUCAGAGGAGGGUGAAAAACACCAUGGACUGGACAAUUUGCACAUGUGAAAAUGUCUCUUUCUUGGACUGUAUAUGAUGUUGAACUUUGCAUUUCUACAGAACUAUGAUACCCUCUCCUGUAUCCACAUAGCAGUGCUUAUAAUUACUCCUCUGUAUUUGUUUGUUGCUCUACACUGAUUAAAUCACCUCAAUGAGUGAUGCACUGGGGGAAUUGACCUGGUAUUUACACUUGGCUUCACAACUGGAUGAAUACAAUAUGUUUGCAAAAGGA